CGAAGGUCUUAUCAUUUUGAAGCUGGCGAAGGAAGUUCAAAAAAGGCUAACAAAACUGGCAGUAAAAAUGUUUGCGGGUCCAAAUCUUUAUGAUUAUGUCAUUUGUCCCAACGCUGGCUCGCACCUGGUAAUGCUGUCUAACAUGCCCUUCCAUUUGCCGCGUUGUGCCAAGAAAUUUCCAUCGGCCAAUUUGGCCCGCUGUCCCUAUAACAGCACCCAUUUGUACACUAUUGACGAUAUAUUUGAACAUGUCAUCCAGUGCCCGAGCUUCAUCAGUGGAAGUGGAAGUGAAGAGAAGAAGGAACUUAAAGAAACUGUUGAGGACUGGGAUGCCGAGCCGCCAGUUCCGACAUAUAAUCCGAAUAUCCACUGUGAGGCGAAUCCUAUCAUCCGUAGUCUGCACGGUGCUACGCGCUCCGCUCGUCAGGCGUUCCGCGAAAGGGAACGCAAGCGAAUCAUGGAUUUGAAUAAUUUUCCUUAAUAUGUGAACAUACAAGUCAUACAAAGUAUUAAUGCACAUACUACAUAUAAACAUAUACAACAUACAUACAAAUAAACAUAUGUUAUUUGAUGCAUUUCCAAAAAGGAGCACGGAAUUUGCGUUAAUAGAUCAGCGUUUGAUUGAAUAUGUAUGUAUGCAUGUAUUCAAAUUACAAAUUAAUAAGGGUUAAUUCAAGGAAUCUUCAACAUAUAAUCUCAUAAAUAUUCAUAUUCAUUCAUAUAUCAUAAUUAAAAUUACAAAUAAACGAAGGUCAUGUGAAGCAACAA